CAUACCAUUGUAUGGAUAAGCGAGUGCACCUUUUCCUCUUUUAAAUCACAGCGUUAAAGUUUUAAGCUUUUGUCUGGAUUUUAGGCAAAUAGACAAUUUACUUCAAACAUUGCAAAUGCCUGAUUUGAAUCUUUUAGCCUUCAACGUCAAGCAAGCAUUUGAAGGUGAAAAAUUCGACAGAGCGUUGUCUUGGUUACCCACUGAGGAACAUCCUUCUGUUUUAAGAUACAAAUUCGACAAAGAUAAGCAUUUAGCAUUAGCUAGCUUAUUGCUCAGACGAUAUUAUUUUUCAAAGAAACUGAAUAUAUCUUGGCAUGACCUGAAAUUUGGAAGAUUAUCAGCGGGAAAGCCAUAUCUGAUGAAUGGCGAAGGCCAUUUUGAUUUCAAUACAUCGCAUGAAGGAGAUUGGGUCAUUUUCGGAUGCGUUGUUGCUCAGAAUAUGAAGAUCGGUGUGGAUGCAGUUUCGAUCGUUCCACCGAAAAGCGGCACAAUAGAUGAAUUCAUAGAAUGCUUUCAACCCCAACUUACACAAGGUGAAAUGCAAAUGAUAAAGAAGAAUAAUCAAGAUGAAACUGCUCGUUUGAAAACAUUUUACCAAUUAUGGGGCUGCAAGGAAAGCUAUGCAAAAGCACUUGGGUUGGGUCUUUCUUUAGAACUGAACAAGGUGGAGUUUACGAGUGAAAAUAAUAAGAUAAAUAUUAAAUUUGAAGGCGAAACAUUGAAAGGCUGGAAUUUCCAUAUUAGUUAUUUAGACACUGCUGUAAUGGCUGUCAUAUGUUAUGGACGUGAAAAUUCUACACAUUUAAGUCCAGCGAGCCAACAUGCUGAUUUACUGACACAGCCAACUGUCCUUUUUGGAGAUACAUGUUCUUCAAGUCCGAAAGAAAAGAAAGGCAGCGUAUUUACAUUUGUGUCCUUUGAAGAUGUAGAACAAAAACAGUCAUUAUAUACCUAAAAUAAAUGAGUGGAC